CACAUAUACACGUCAGUACUCACCACAGGGUGAAGAUCUCUUCACAUCCUCUUGAUAGUGCUCCCACAGACACGUUAAUCGAGAGUGUGUCGGUCGGUCUGUCUCUCCCUACUCACUCACACACACGCACAGCACACAUAGAUCAGCCGACGCCAUUCGUCAGCAUGACCUGGUCAUCUGUCCCCCGUGGCCCUCCCCACGACCCAUUCCGCCCAUCACCACCGUCGCCCCCUGUCGCGUCAGCUCCCCGCCCACCGCCGACCGGAGACCGCACUCAACGGUGUCGCGCAACUCACCUUCAAGCACACACAUCGACAUAACACAGACACAGAGAGAGAGGGAGGUACACUUUAAAGUGCUGUGCUGUGCUGCCGCGUAGCGUACCGGCAGAUUGCUGAAGCACCAGCAGCUGGUGGUCGAGGGAGGCGUUGGCCUGCUGAAGCUCCGCAACCUCCCUAGCGUAAUCAGACUGAAACCACACACACACACACACACUCACACAUACAGACAUACGCCACACACUCGUGCCGCGCCACCCAGCCAGUCGGCCGCCCACGUACCUCUUUCUUAAGGUUGGUGGGCAAGGGCGGCAUCAUGCCAUCCUCUCCGCCACAGAUGAACCGCCUCAGCUUGGUGUAGUGGCCCGUCAGCCGCCGCACCCUCUCCUCCACCGCACCGUCGAACACAUCGGCCAUCUCGCGGCCGUUGCGCAGCCUGGUCCGCUCCUCGUCCAUCAUCCGCUCGAGCGACUCACGGGAGAGCCCACUGGCCGCCCUCUCUCUCUCCCGUUCCCUGCGCCGCCUCUCCUUGUCACGGACCCUCUCCAGCUCCCUCUCUCUCUCCCUUUGCCGCUCCUUCUGCAGCUCUCUCUCCUUCUCGCGGUCCUUUUUGGAUAACUUUUUCUUGCCGCGCCCCUUGCCGGAGGCCCUGCUCUUGACCUUGACCUUUGGCUUCGGCUUCGGCUUGGCCGCAGGGGCCUUGCCCUGCGCCGCCCUCUGCUGGUCUGCCGAUGAACCUUGCUGCUGUUGCUGCUGCUGGGUGGUGUCCCCAGCUGCUGCUGAUAGUGGCGCUGCUGUCGAUGGCUGCUGUUGCUGCAGGGGCUGUGUGAGGAUUCUGUCGAAUUUCUGGAGGGCCUCGGGCGAGGUGAGGGUGGGGAGGGAGAGGGGAGGUGCCUCGAACAAGGCCAACGCCAGACAACCCUGAUCAGACAGACCAGACAGACCAGAGAUGCAUGGACACACACAACACACACACAUCCAUCGACGGUGCGUUGCUGUGUUGAUGUGUGCGGUGCGGUGCGGCGCAGGCGUCCGCCAGGCUCACUCACUUGCAGCUCCUGAUAGAGGUCACUGAUGGCCAGGCGGAUCAGGCCUCCGCGGUCACCCGCUUUCGCCGCGGCAGAUGGAAGAUCUCGAGGAGCAGCACUCGAGCCGCCCUCUUCGGCCUCAAGCAUGUUGCAAGUGAGGAGCUAUUCCGGUCCUUCCCCC